CGCCGCCUGAGGUGCCCGCGGCGGCGCGGGAGGCCGGGGAAGGUCUCCGCAGCACACGCCAAGGAGGAGCGCGGAGGGGCGGCGGCCGCAGCAGAUAUGAAGCACUGUGCUCUGUGAUAUUUAUUUUGCUGGUUCUUACUACUGGAGGAUGGCUGCUAUACUCUCUGAAAAUUGUUCUGGUCAGUACCACUACACCCAGGUGAACCAACCUCUUGAAAUGAGCUGCACGUUGCUCCUGAUUAUGCUCGGAAAAGUGUUCCUUGAUUUCUUCAUGUUGCAAGUUCAGCAAAAAAAUGUGAAAGUCAGUUUUAUGGGAUACUUUUGUGUUUCACUGGCACUUCUCGAUUUCACACUGCUGCUGAGUAUAUUUUUCAUUUUCUAUUUUGAGGACUUUGCACUCUGGGGUGUGCGAUUUACAAAGUACCACAUUUGCCUGUUCACUCAGAUAAUUUCUCUUACCUACGGUAUUUUGCAUUACCCGGUAUAUCUUGUGGCUGGUCUGGAUUAUUACAUGACUAUAGCCCAAACCUCUCGAUUUCCUAAAAGAGGUCAGAGAUUACUUUAUGUAUUUGCUGUGAUUGUUAUAUGGAUUUCAGGGUUUUUUUGUAUUCUGAAAGUUCCCGCUGUCCAUGAAGAACUAGAAAUUCAGAACCAUUUUUCUCCUUAUCAGUGUCCUCUCUAUGCCAGUGUGCAGAGCUACUCAGUCUCAUGUGCCAUGGUGCUGCUCAUAGGCACGGCUCUCCUGGCUUGUCGGAAGGAAGUUGUAGCCAUGCUGCUGUCUGUCAGGGUGGUUUCCUUUGCCAGCCAGCCCGUUCUGAUGUUCUCCUAUGUGUCUACCAACAAUGGCACUUGCUUUAAGUGGCAGCUCUUGACCAGACUCCUCAUCUGUUUUCUUGGCACUUGGGCACCUUUUGUUCUUCUUCAAAUUAUCGUUUUGUUUCUUGGUGCUCGGAUUCCAGCCUACAUGGAGAUGAACAUUCCCUGGCUGUACUUCAUCAACAGCUUUCUCAUCGCAGUAGCAUACUGGUGUCGAUGUCACGAUGUUGAAUUGACAGAAGAGAUGUGGACUACAGAUUCAUUUGUCAGCUGGAAAUUCUGCUUUAUGCCAUUUAACAAUGAAAACACAGAGCCAGCUGAUAAGCCAGGCACAGUAAUUGUGAUCUGCUAAUGAGCUGCUGACUGAAAAGACUGCAAAUAAGUGCUGUGCAACAGGAGCACGUACUCUGACGUUCUGUGACUGUGCCCUUACAGAUAAUACAAGGAAACACCUCCAGAGCUACAACCCAUGAAAAUUAAUUCUACCGCUAUUGUAAUGAAUAUGGCACCAGAGCGUGGGACACGCGCACUUCCAUGCUGGGUUCCAGUGGGCACUGAGCACCUGCCAGGUCAGAGAAGACACCUUUCCUCAUCAGUACUGGUUUGCUAACGCUGUUAACACAAAGACUACCUAAAGAGGAAGCUGGGCGUGCAGAAUAUCUCAUUGUUCUUUCAAACAUCAGCUUUGCAAAAAGCUGCCGGAGGAUGGCAACA